AUGUCCCAUAGACUACUCUGUUUUGCGCUCCGCCCUGUGCUCAGCGCCAGCAUUGCCUUCAUAUGUCUGUACUUCGUGGCCAUGUGCCUUCACAUUGCACUCGGCAUUCUCUGGGAGAGUUGGUGGUUUUGGGGCUGCAUGAUAGCGGGUUGCAUCGACGAGAUUAUUGGCUAUGGGGGUCGUACCAUGCUUUUCUAUAAUCCGUUCUCGUUCCCCGGCUUCACAACUCAGAUCGUUUGCAUCACGACCGCGCCAGUGUUUUAUUGUGCGGCUAUAUAUGUCACUAUGGCCAAGCUGGUUGAAAAUCUGGAUCCGUCCAUAUCCAGGAUUAAACCCCGGCUUUACAACUGGAUUUUCAUUUCUUGCGAUAUAGUAUCCCUCGUCCUACAAGGCGUCGGCGGCGCCAUGUCUACGACCAACACUGGUACUAGUCAAGUAGCGGUGGACCUGGCGUUAGCAGGUCUGGGUUUCCAAGUAGCGACACUGAUGAUCUUCUGCUCACUGCUGGUCGACUAUCUGGUCCGUUACUUCCAAUCGUCCCAGUCCAGGGCCGUUAGCGCCGUCAGUGGGCGCCUCAAGACAUGUCUGGGAUUCAUGGGCUUGGCGAUUUUGCUCAUCCUUGCUAGGUGUGCGUAUAGGGUCGAUGAGCUCAGUGAAGGUUACCUGGGCGCGCUGAUCCACAACGAGCCCCUGUUCAUCGGGCCCGAGGGCGUUUUGAUUAUUUGCUCUGUCUAUGCGCUUUGCAUUGGUCAUCCGGGGCUGAUAUUCAACCGUACGGGAGCAGGUAAGUCAUCCAAGGGGUCAUUAGCGGAGGAGGUAGGGGUGGCCGGUGCUAGGAAAUGA